GUGUUUCCUACAAUUCCCAGAGUUCCAUCGGGUCGCAAAGCUGUGCUGGUCUCGUGUUGUUUUCAGGUGUUUACGGGAAAUUCCAAAAUUGUGAAAUACUGCAGUCAUGUAUGGAGUUUCACAGAUUUAGGCGAUACCAACUUACUGUAAUUAUGUCAUUCAGCGGAGACCGUUGUUAUAUGUUCUUCGUUUAGUUAGUAAAUACUGAUUUAUGUUUAUAUUACAUUUCGGCAAAAGUUUAAGGGAGACCUUAAUACAAUGGACACAUGACAAGGAAAGGACAUUGUUGCGCUCGUCAAUACCUCUGGGACCAUGAAUUGGAUUAUGGUCAAACAGAAUGGGGACUGCAGACCAUAGCGUAGCACAGCUUCCUUGAAGGAUCAUCCUCUCCGCCAGGGCCCCAAGCGCACAUCUUCCCCUAGGUAAUUGAUCACCAUCGUCGGUGAGCUGGUGAUUGGCUUGACGGCGUCAAGAGGAAAGUUCCAGCAUAUAAGGAGGAGGAGGCGUCAGACAUGAAUAAUCAGGUGGUGGUGGCCAUGCUGGAGAAGUGCAGACAGGCUGCGGCUGCCGGACCUACAGAGCCAACGGAGGAAGAGAACAGAGAGCACGAAAGAUGUCAAGCUUCACUGUCGGCUGAUUUGAGGACCCUGCUUGAAGAGGCAAAGGAAAUGAAGUGGCCCUUUGUACCGGAGAGGUGGCAGUACAAACAAGAUGUAUGCCCAGAAGACAAAACAAACCUGAAAGAUAUAAUCAGUGGAAGGCUACACGAGCUACUGGUUUACUUGCAAGCCUCCAUCUUAGUCGGGGACUCGGCAACAGCAUCCUCAAUUGUGUUUUUGAUUGAUCGUUUUCUGUACUGGGUUGAUGCUUCCAGAAAGCUCCUGCAGAUUGCCAAAGCCCUCCACAAACACUCCCCUGCAACACCAAUCGCGCCACAGGUGGUUAUUCGGCAAGCCCGGAUCUCAGUAAAUUCAGGUAAACUACAGAAGGCUGAAUAUAUAUUGAGCAGCCUGAUAAACAACAGUGGUGCAACAGGCUGUUGGGUGUACCAUCAGGAGAGUGACAAGAUACUGGUGCAGGCUGUCAGCAUCCAGAUCAGGGGGCAGAUUUUGCAGAAGCUGGGAAUGUGGUAUGAGGCAGCAGAACUCAUUUGGGCUUCCCUUGUUGGGUUUAAUGCACUCCCUCAGCCAGAUAAAAAGGGCUUAGGGACAUCUUUGGGUGUGUUGGCUGGUAUUCUGGUGUCAAUGACGGAUGAAGAGUACAAAAAGUUUAAAGGAAGCCCUCAAAUUGACCUGGGUUUUCUUGAAGAGUGCAGUCAUCGUCUGCUGUCGGCUGCAGAGGCUGCCAAACUGGCUUUAGUGUUCAGUCAGUUCACUCCACUGUUUGUGCUCAGUAGCGUGAUCAUACGUGGAACUUGUUUACUGUCUUACAGCUUCUCAGCUGAGUGUCCUCCAGAAAAGAAAACAUUAUUUCUCACUGAAGCCAAGGAGGCUUUUGAAAUCGGUCUUCUGACCAAAAAAGAUGACAUGAUUGUCACUAGCAAGCAGGAGCUCCACUUAUUAGUCAAGGCAGCUUUCUCUCUGACAGUAACACAUAGGUGGCUUGGUGAAAAAGAAGAGACAGUGAAGGAGGCUAAAGCAAUGUGCAAGAAAGCCAUGGAAAAACUGUACUUGUACGCCUUAGCAGACAGCAAAGGAAAGGAAAGGCUGGCCCAGGAGAUCAUGGAGGUUGUCUGGGAUGUCAAAUCCAUUUUGGAGGUGAAAGACUUUGUUAAUUCAGAUGAAAAGUCAUAUGUCCCAGACAGCUACAAAAGGUCUGCAGAAAGGUCAGUGUUGUAUUUUAAGGUCAGCUUUGAGGAUGUCCUAAAAAGGUACUCACAGUACCACACUGCCAUCUGUGAGGCAUUCGAAACAUCAUGUGGACAUCCCAAGAAUGGGAACGAGAUGGUAGCAGGAGCCUGCAUUACUGCCAUGAAGACAGAAACGAAAAACUUAGACACAGAGUGUGAUACAGAAACAGGCAGUCCCUCAAACAGUCAGGUUGUUACAGAUGAAGCAGGAAAGAAACGGAAAGAAUUUGCCAGAAAAGCACGUUCAACCCAAUCGAGUGAACUAAACGACAAGAGAAAGUCACUCAGUGACAGCCAGAGUUCAGGAUCUUUAAAAUCCUGGUACAGAUUUUCAGAGACAGGUUCUUCUAGUGGUUGGGAGGACCUAGGCUACGAUGUGGAUAAUACUCUUCAUAUAGAAAGAAGAGAAGCAGACCUUGAUACACAAUGCUCCACUGACUUUGGUGAUGAGGCCAAUAUCUCAGAUUACGAUUCUCUGGGAAUUCAGAAGAUGUCUUUACAGGUUGACCAUAUUGUUGAUAAUCAGCCUAUCUCAGGGGCAGCUAGUGCUUCAGCCCCUCAUGUUACUUGUUCCAGUCUGUCUUCAGAUAAUGCUAAUCCAUUGAAAGGACUAGAGGUGGACCCUCUCAUGGAAACAGCUGAAAGCACAGAUGAUGUGGAGUGCACUGGCAAGGCACAUAAAUGCACUACUUCACAUAAAGCUUCCAGUAACUCUGGCAAACCUCACACGAGAAAUGUACCAUUUUCAUCAGAGGAAAGUAGAUCCUUUGAACUGGUUGAGGGCUUUGAGAAUGAGACAACCAAUGAUGUGGUGGUAGAAAAUUCAACCUCAAGCACAGGGUUGAAUCCACCUUCAGCAUCCCUUGCAUUUGCAAGACCAGCACCAGAAAUAGAUGAUGUUGACACUGAAGAAGAAACUGCUGCUGAUGUCCCAGCUGGCAGACCGGUUGUUGGCAAAAGUGGUUUCCAAGGUACUGAUUCUAAAUACCUUAAUUCAUUAAAAACUAGGACUGGGCCCAGCAGCACAGAAGUUCGAUUAGAAACUUCACUUUCAACAGUUGAAAGCAACUCUUUUGAAUUUCUGGAGACAGAAGUUGAUGAAGAUGAAGAUGUCAGUCUUGCUCAGGAAAAGUCACCACAUUCUUAUCCAAAUAAGCUGUCCAGCAUUCCCAAUAAUUCCAUGAAAGACAAUCCAUUACAUAAAAGUGGGUCGAUGGAAGUUGAGAGCGGAAAGAAUGCUGAAAAACAGGGCUUUUUUGAUGAAGAUACGGAGGAGGUUGAAGUAGAUCAUGUCGCCCAGAUCCUUAACAGCAGUCACAGCUCAAAUUCUUCAUUGAGAUCAUGGUCCCGGAUAUCCCACUUUUCCAGUAGUUUACCAGAAGAUGAGAGUCUUUCCUUUCUUAAUUCUAGUGGGGAAUCCUGGAUUAUUGAAAAACGUACUUUAGAGGCAGAAGAUUACGAAAAACUUUUGUCCGGAGUAAACCACAGCUGGCUGCUUGAACGACUGAAGAAUACUGGAGUUUUUGAGCCUAAACAUUUCAAAGAUGUCUACUCUGCGAUUCUUUUAAAAUACUCAAAGAUAUCAGGAUUGUGGACAGCCCAGGAAACAGAAGUGUACAUUGGUGCCUCUCUGGGGCAGAAAGGAAAACAGAGGAGUGUUUUUUGGGUACAAUUUUUGCAUCAAGAGGAAACGCUUGGCAGAUAUGUUGGUAAAGAGUACCAAUCUGCCAAAGAGGUGUUUUACCACCUAAAUGAUGUAGAGAGGCAAAUGACGGCACAGUACUAUGUGACAGAGUUCAACAAGCGGCUGUAUGAGAAGCAGAUUUCAACACAGAUCUACUUUGUCCCAUCAGAAGUUCUGCUGAUUAUGGAAGACAGUGUCAUUAAGGGUUGUAUAAGCGUGGAACCAUAUAUGCUUGGAGAGUUUGUGAAACUAACAAACAACACAAAAACAGUGAUGAGAAACUACAAAGCAACAGAGUAUGGGCUGGCCUUUGGGCAUUUUACUUAUGAGUUUUCCGGUCACAAAGAGGUUGUGGUUGAUCUGCAAGGCUGGAUAACUGGAAAUGGGAAAGGACUCAUCUACCUCACAGACCCUCAGAUUCAUUCCCUCAGUCAAACAGAAUCAUCAAAUUUUGGCCAGAAAGGCAUUGACUACUUUCUAAAAGAUCAGCAUGGGGUGAAAUGCAAUGAUAUCUGUAGCAAGCUCUCGUUUGAAAGGCUUCCGGGGUGAAAAACACUUUAAAGCUGUUAAAGCAGGCAGGCGGUCAGAAUCAAGGUUUUAUAAGAGCAUCUGGUUACAGUAAGGGGGCAAUCGGGUUCUUUGCGCUGUUUUAAAAAUUAGUUCCUUAAUGAGAAAUAAAUAAAGUUGUUUUACACCAAUUACA